AUGAGGUCAGUGGAAUCUGCAGACACCGAUGGGUCGGACCCUGACACCGUCAAGAAGCCGGCCAAGAAGCUAGCAGAGUCGUCUCCCAUGGAACAGGGCUUACAGGUAUGGAGACCUGAUGAUGCCGACGCAGCCAUAGCCCGAUCAGAGGAGCUGGAGAAUGAGGAGCACGAGGACGAGCAUGAGACAGUUGCUGUUGCAGUGAAUGAGGUCGUAGAUGUUGACAUGGAAAUCCUUAUAGGCAACACCCGAGAGGAUGACAACGACUCAGUCGAAAUCAUUACCUAA